AUGAGGCUCUCCAAUCUGCUUUUGCUGGCUUUUUGCCUCCUGCUGCAAGAGGUGCAAUCCCAGGUGGCUUCCAUGUCCACAUCACCAGAUGCAAACGCCACACGGGCGGUGACGAAAGUUCUACGCCGGCACAAGCGUUAUCUGGCAUUUCCGGAGGGCUCUUCGGUUUCGGGCGCCAUCUGCAUGACGAUCGGCAUGAUUGGCAACCCCGAUGUCGACUAUCUCAGCUGGGCCGUCAACUGGGGCGUGGCCUACGAUCUGCCCAACCACCAGUGGGUCAUCCAACACGCCCACGGACUGAACGCCACCCUGCUCAAGGACACCAUCAAGCGACGCUCCCGACGAGCCUUCUAUGACGAAGUGCAGUCCCUAUUUGACAAUAUGGGUUUUAAUGGUCGCUCGUGCGUGGCUCGAGCCCUUUGCGAAAGUGCCAGGUUUAUGCUGCCGCCAGAUAAACGCGGUAACAUGUUGCAGGAGUUGGUCAGGACCGUCUUUAGCCUUCCCCCAACACCUGUGGCUGCCGACGAACCCCAGACCCAUCACCAGUACGAUGGUAUCUACCGCAGAUCCAAACGGAACUCACGCGAAUGUCACGAGAUAUAUCCAGGAUGCCAGUUCUCUCUGCUGGCUUUGGCUUUGGGAAAAUAUAUGGAAGCCACUACUACAAAAUUUAGUUCAUUUAGUUAUAUGUGA